AUGGCAGCAGACACAGACGACCGUCUCAAACACAAUGUGAAGCUCAGGAACGGCAAGCACGUGCUGGUGGCAUACAUCAUGAAGCCGAAGGCAGGGUACGACUACCUGGCCACCGCCGCCCACUUCGCUGCCGAGUCCUCCACGGGAACCAACGUGAACGUGUGCACCACGGACGACUUCACGAAGUCCGUGGAUGCCCUGGUGUACUACAUCGACCCCGACAGCGAGGAGAUGAAGAUCGCCUACCCCAACCUGUUGUUCGACCGCAACAUCAUCGAUGGCCGCGCCAUGAUGUGCUCCUUCCUGACCCUAUCCAUCGGCAACAACCAGGGCUGGGGGCUCAGCUUGGGAUGCGAACGUAUGGGUGACGUCGAGUACGGCAAGAUCUACGACUUCUACCUGCCCCCUGAGUUCCUCCGCCUGUAUGAUGGCCCCGCCGUGAACGUGGAGGACAUGUGGCGCAUCCUGGGCAAGGGCACCAGCAACGGUGGCCUUGUGGUGGGCACCAUCAUCAAGCCCAAGCUCGGCCUGCAGCCCAAGCCAUUCGGCGAGGCCUGCUACGCGUUCUGGCAGGGCGGCGACUUCAUCAAGAACGAUGAGCCCCAGGGCAACCAGGUGUUCUGCCAGAUGAACGAGGUCAUCCCAGAGGUUGUGAAGGCCAUGAGGGCGUGCAUCAAGGAGACCGGCGUGGGCAAGCUCUUCUCUGCCAACAUCACCGCGGAUGAUCCCAACGAGAUGAUUGCCCGCGGCAAGUACUGUCUGUCCCAGUUCGGACCUCUGUCCGAGAACUGCGCGUUCUUGGUGGAUGGCUACGUGGCCGGAGGCACGGCCGUGACCUGCGCCCGCCGCAACUUCCCAGGACAGUUCUUGCACUACCACCGUGCCGGACAUGGAUCCGUGACUAGCCCCCAGACCCAGCGUGGUUACACCGCCUUCGUGCACACCAAGAUCUCCCGAGUCAUCGGCGCGUCCGGCAUCCACACCGGCACCAUGAGCUUCGGCAAGAUGGAGGGCGAUGCCUCGGACAAGAACAUCGCCUUCAUGCUGCAGGACGACGCGGCCGAUGGCCCCUACUACCACCAGCCUUGGGAGGGCAUGAAGCAGACGACUCCCAUCAUCUCCGGCGGCAUGAACGCCCUGCGCCUGCCGGCCUUCUUCGAGAACCUGGGACACUCCAACGUGAUCCUGACCGCCGGUGGCGGCUCCUUCGGCCACAAGGAUGGCCCCAAGCCGGGUGCCGUCUCCUGCCGACAGGGCGAGGAGGCCUGGAAGGCAUGGAAGUCCGGACAGUACGGCAACAUCAGCCUGAGCGAUGGCGUGAUCGAGUUCGCCAAGACCCACGAGGAGAUCAAGGGUGCCUUCCUCACCUUCCAGAAGGAUGCGGACCAGAUCUACCCUGGCUGGAAGGAGAAGCUCGGCUACACCGGCGAGUCGUCCGUGCAGGCGGCCAGCUUCGACUGGGCCAAGAAGGCCUCCGCCGCCGCCUUCGUGGGUGCCAGCGUGGCCCCGGCCAAGAAGGAGAGCAGCGUCUCGCGCAAGGCCCUGGAUCAGUCCAGCCGCUACGCGGACCUGUCCCUGGAUGAGGCGACUCUCAUCAAGAGACCCAGCUGCAGGAACGGCAAGCACGUGCUGGUGGCGUACAUCAUGAAGCCGAAGGCAGGGUACGACUACCUGGCCACCGCCGCCCACUUCGCUGCCGAGUCCUCCACGGGAACCAACGUGAACGUGUGCACCACGGACGACUUCACGAAGUCCGUGGAUGCCCUGGUGUACUACAUCGACCCCGACAGCGAGGAGAUGAAGAUCGCCUACCCCAACCUGUUGUUCGACCGCAACAUCACCGAUGGCCGCGCCAUGAUGUGCUCCUUCCUGACCCUAUCCAUCGGCAACAACCAGGGCUUGGCGCUCGGUUUAGGAUGCAUGGGUGACGUCGAGUACGGCAAGAUCUACGACUUCUACCUGCCCCCUGAGUUCCUCCGCCUGUACGAUGGCCCGGCCGUGAACGUGGAGGACAUGUGGCGCAUCCUGGGCAAGGGCACCAGCAACGGUGGCCUCGUGGUGGGCACCAUCAUCAAGCCCAAGCUCGGCCUGCAGCCCAAGCCAUUCGGCGAGGCCUGCUACGCGUUCUGGCAGGGCGGCGACUUCAUCAAGAACGAUGAGCCCCAGGGCAACCAGGUGUUCUGCCAGAUGAACGAGGUCAUCCCAGAGGUUGUGAAGGCCAUGAGGGCGUGCAUCAAGGAGACUGGUGUGGGCAAGCUCUUCUCUGCCAACAUCACCGCGGAUGAUCCCAACGAGAUGAUUGCCCGCGGCAAGUACUGUCUGUCCCAGUUCGGUCCUCUGUCCGAGAAUUGCGCGUUCUUGGUGGAUGGCUACGUGGCUGGAGGCACGGCCGUGACCUGCGCCCGCCGCAACUUCCCAGGACAGUUCCUGCACUACCACCGUGCCGGACAUGGAUCCGUGACCAGCCCCCAGACCCAGCGUGGUUACACCGCCUUCGUGCACACCAAGAUCUCCCGAGUCAUCGGUGCGUCCGGCAUCCACACCGGCACCAUGAGCUUCGGCAAGAUGGAGGGCGAUGCCUCGGACAAGAACAUCGCCUUCAUGCUGCAGGACGACGCGGCCGAUGGCCCCUACUACCACCAGCCGUGGGAGGGCAUGAAGCAGACCACUCCCAUCAUCUCUGGCGGCAUGAACGCCCUGCGCCUGCCGGCCUUCUUCGAGAACCUGGGACACUCCAACGUGAUCCUGACCGCCGGUGGCGGCUCAUUCGGCCACAAGGAUGGCCCCAAGCCGGGUGCCGUCUCCUGCCGCCAGGGUGAGGAGGCCUGGAAGGCCUGGAAGUCCGGACAGUACGGCAACAUCAGCCUGAGCGAUGGCGUGAUCGAGUUCGCCAAGACCCACGAGGAGAUCAAGGGUGCCUUCCUCACCUUCCAGAAGGAUGCGGACCAGAUCUACCCGGGCUGGAAGGAGAAGCUCGGCUACACCGGCGAGUCGUCCGUGCAGGCGGCCAGCUUCGACUGGGCCAAGAAGGCCUCCGCCGCCGCCUUCGUGGGUGCCAGCGUGGCCCCGGCCAAGAAGGAGAGCAGCGUCUCGCGCAAGGCCCUGGAUCAGUCCAGCCGCUACGCGGACCUGUCCCUGGAUGAGGCGACUCUCAUCAAGAGACCCAGCUGCAGGAACGGCAAGCACGUGCUGGUGGCGUACAUCAUGAAGCCGAAGGCAGGGUACGACUACCUGGCCACCGCCGCCCACUUCGCUGCCGAGUCCUCCACGGGAACCAACGUGAACGUGUGCACCACGGACGACUUCACGAAGUCCGUGGAUGCCCUGGUGUACUACAUCGACCCCGACAGCGAGGAGAUGAAGAUCGCCUACCCCAACCUGUUGUUCGACCGCAACAUCAUCGAUGGCCGCGCCAUGAUGUGCUCCUUCCUGACCCUAUCCAUCGGCAACAACCAGGGCUGGGGGCUCAGCUUGGGAUGCGAACGUAUGGGUGACGUCGAGUACGGCAAGAUCUACGACUUCUACCUGCCCCCUGAGUUCCUCCGCCUGUAUGAUGGCCCCGCCGUGAACGUGGAGGACAUGUGGCGCAUCCUGGGCAAGGGCACCAGCAACGGUGGCCUUGUGGUGGGCACCAUCAUCAAGCCCAAGCUCGGCCUGCAGCCCAAGCCAUUCGGCGAGGCCUGCUACGCGUUCUGGCAGGGCGGCGACUUCAUCAAGAACGAUGAGCCCCAGGGCAACCAGGUGUUCUGCCAGAUGAACGAGGUCAUCCCAGAGGUUGUGAAGGCCAUGAGGGCGUGCAUCAAGGAGACCGGCGUGGGCAAGCUGUUCUCUGCCAACAUCACCGCGGAUGAUCCCAACGAGAUGAUUGCCCGCGGCAAGUACUGUCUGUCCCAGUUCGGACCUCUGUCCGAGAACUGCGCGUUCUUGGUGGACGGCUAUGUGGCUGGAGGCACGGCCGUGACCUGCGCCCGCCGCAACUUCCCAGGACAGUUCCUGCACUACCACCGUGCCGGACAUGGAUCCGUGACCAGCCCCCAGACCCAGCGUGGUUACACCGCCUUCGUGCACACCAAGAUCUCCCGAGUCAUCGGUGCGUCCGGCAUCCACACCGGCACCAUGAGCUUUGGCAAGAUGGAGGGCGAUGCCUCAGACAAGAACAUCGCCUUCAUGCUGCAAGACGACGCGGCCGAUGGCCCCUACUACCACCAGCCGUGGGAGGGCAUGAAGCAGACCACUCCCAUCAUCUCCGGCGGCAUGAACGCCCUGCGCCUGCCGGCCUUCUUCGAGAACCUGGGACACUCCAACGUGAUCCUGACCGCCGGUGGCGGCUCCUUCGGCCACAAGGAUGGCCCCAAGCCGGGUGCCGUCUCCUGCCGCCAGGGUGAGGAGGCCUGGAAGGCCUGGAAGUCCGGACAGUACGGCAACAUCAGCCUGAGCGAUGGCGUGAUCGAGUUCGCCAAGACCCACGAGGAGAUCAAGGGUGCCUUCCUCACCUUCCAGAAGGAUGCGGACCAGAUCUACCCGGGCUGGAAGGAGAAGCUCGGCUACACCGGCGAGUCGUCCGUGCAGGCGGCCAGCUUCGACUGGGCCAAGAAGGCCUAG